AUGGGCGAAAACAACCUUGGGUCUCAGUCCCACUCCCACACAAGCUCCGCCGUAGGGUUUCAUUUCAUGUUUAUCCACUUCCCUUUCAUCAUCCACUCUCUCUCAUCACUCCACUCCCUCUCACUAUCUCCCUACCUGCUUCCUUCUUCUCUCUUUUCUUCUCUGGAUUUCUCCUCCUAAAAAUCUGCUCAUCAAUUCAUCUCCAGCCUCUCCAUCUUUACAUCAGGUAUUGCUAUUCCUUUGUCAAUCAAUCUCCAUUUUUGCACAACCUUCAUCACUAACUCUGCUUUCAAGUGAAUGCAAGGCGCAGUUCAGGCUUUCUUCUCCCGCGCAGGCGUGGUGAAAUCUAGUCUCCUGCAGCACGUCAGGGUCCUGAAUCCUGCCCUCCGCCCGCUCGUCUUCUCCCGAUCAGAAUCCGUCUCAUCGGCUCGCAUCGAGGAGCACGGAUUCGAACACACCACCAUCGCCGACGUCUUGACUUCCAAGGGCAAGAGUGCCGAUGGCUCCUGGCUCUGGUGCACCACCCAGGACACCGUUUAUGAUGCUGUUCAGUCGAUGACGCAGCACAAUGUUGGAGCCUUGGUGGUUGUGAAACCUGGAGAGCAGCAAUCGGUUGCUGGUAUUAUCACCGAGAGAGGUAUCUGCUUUUGGUUGUACAAUCUUCCCCGUGUAUUGUCUAGUUUGAGGUUCAUUGGUCAACUGUCUGUCUCAAGUGUCUCAUUUUAUAGAACCCCAUCCAAGCGGCCCAUAAGUACUAGCUUAGCCAACAAUCGAAAACAAGAUCUGAUAAAAACUUCAACAACCGACCCCUCACAACUUGCUGUCUCUCCCUGCGUUAGAGUUGGUGUUGGUGUUGGAACUAUUCUUCUUCGGUAUGACUACCUGAGGAAGAUCAUAGUUCAGGGAAGAUCAUCCAAGUCCACAAAGGUUGGGGAUAUCAUGACUGAAGAGUUACAAACUUAUAAUCAUUUGAUGAAAUUGUGGUUGCAGAACAAGCUUAUCACAGUGACUCCUGACACUAAAGUUCUGCGUGCAAUGCAACUGAUGACGGAGAACCGCAUCAGGCACAUCCCUGUAGUUAACGACAAAGGAAUGAUUGGGAUGGUGUCCAUUGGUGACGUUGUCCGUGCUGUGGUGAGUGAGCAUCGAGAGGAGUUGGACAGGCUGAAUGCCUUCAUACAAGGAGGUUACUAGAUAACCAUCCAGAUGAAAAUGAUGAUGAUGACGAAGACAACAACAAAGGAGAGUUUGUAAAUAUGUGUUUGUACUGGGAAUGAAUGCUAUCCCCCGGUUUUUCAUGGUGUUUGAAUUACUGCUACCAGACUUGCCAGUUAAUAACGAGAUAGGUGUGCUCCCUAUGUGGAUCGGAGCUGUAACUUUCUUGCUGCUGCUGGAUGUUGGACAGCCUCUCCCGCAAAUUUAUUUACUUUUACCUCCCCCCUUGGAAGCUGAAACAAUGCUUCUAUCGACUUGCAUUCCCUAAAAAUUUACUGUGCCGUUUAUGCAACUCGGAUGUUUAUAGGAUUUGACUAAGCUGCGAUGGCUGAUGGACGUGGCGCACUGCAGAACCGUUAUGCGUGCGUAGAUUCUUUUAUGUGCUUAUCCUAGAAAUAGAAUCAACCUUUAGUUUUCUUCGGGAUCCUAUUUUUCGUUUAGAUUUGGC